AUGUCUUCGACUACCUCCGACGAAUCUAAUGAAAAUGAACCAUCCGAGAAACAGCAAAGAUUUCCCGCAAUUCUUAUAAUUGGUGAAGUUGGUGUCGGGAAAAGUACUGUGGCCAAUAUGAUGCUUGGCAGACAUCGUGAUGGUAGUCCACUUACGAAAUCAGGCGAAGUCCAACCAUAUCCAAUUAAAAUAAAUGAAAUAGAUUACAUUCUAAUUGAUACCCCGGGUUUAAUACCAUCUGAUGAGCAAUCAAGUCGUGAUUCAAGUCGUGACAUUAUAUCACAAAUUGAUGAAUUAAUUCAAAGUAUAGAUCAGUACCUUGAAAUUGUUUCAAUUUUAUUGGUUUUAGAAUCAAACAGAAUGUCUAAAGCCCAAAAAGAAAAUUUUCGACAAAUUGUAAAUGCUUAUUGGAACAUUAUAAUAAUAGUAUUCACAAAACGUACACACGAUCAAACAACUUCAAGGCAAUAUAUGGAGACUACAUUUGAUACUGAAUUAAGAAGAACUGUUGGUAAACGUGGUAUAAUUACUGGUCGUUGGGUAAUUGCUCCAAAUCUUGAAUUAUUUCCUAUGCCGAAUAAUCACAAAGAGAAUGAACAUGUCGUGAAAAAUAUGGAUUUACUUAAUAAAUUGAUUGAUUCUUUAACUCCUCCAAAAUAUCAUAUUUCAACUGGUGAUCCUAAGAUAACUAUUUUAAAUAAACAUGAUUUAGAACGUGGAUAUAUUUGUGGAUUACAUAAAAGAUCUUUUACUGAACUUAUUAUAGGCUUUUGUUUAUUCUUGAUUGCCUCUACUCUUGGUUUAGCUUAUAUACUUUAUUUCGAUGUUAUUGAUGCGUCUCCUUAUAGAUGGGUAUUUGGUGGUUUCGGUAUUGCUUCAACUGUUUUAUUCUUUAUUUUCAUUAUGGGUGUUUAUUGCGUUAGAAUUAAUCAA